AAGUAGGAAUUUACGAGAAGCACGCGAAGGCAGCAGAGCUAUCAGUUGUUUUCGGUUGUUUUAGCUACAUUCCAAAAUGACGGACCCGACAACGUCGCCAGAGGACCACUGGAAAACAGAUGGUGCUUUCAGCGACAGUGGCUUUGACCCCAGUUUCUUUGCUGAAACUGUUAGAAAGGGUUCAGUUGUGUCCAGGGCCAACAGCAUCGGCUCAACAAGUGCCUCUUCAGUACCAAAUACAGAUGAUGAAGACAGUGACUAUAGACAUGAGACGUCAUAUAAGGACUCGUAUAAAGAUCGACGGAGACAAGCGCACACACAGGCGGAGCAGAAACGUAGGGAUGCUAUCAAGAAAGGCUACGAAGACCUCCAGUCCAUAGUACCAACUUGCCAGCAGCAGUCUGAAUUUGCAGUGGGAGCCCAGAAGAUCAGCAAGGCUACUGUGCUACAGAAAACAAUCGACUAUAUCCAUUUUCUUCAUAAAGAAAAAAAGAAACAGGAAGAAGAAGUUUCUGUACUAAGGAAAGAAGUGAUGGCGCUGAAAAUCAUGAAAACGAACUAUGAGCACAUAGUGAAGGCCCACCAGAACCACCCACAGCAGGGAGAGGACCAGGUGUCUGACCAAGUCAAGUUCAACAUCUUCCAGAGCAUCAUGGACUCCCUGUUCCAGUCUUUUAGCAGUUCUGUUUCAGUGAGCAGCUUUCAAGAACUCUCUGCCUGUGUUUUCAGCUGGAUUGAGGAGCACUGCAAGCCACAUACGCUGAGGGAGUUUGUCGUAGGAGUGCUCCGGCAGCUCAAUGGUCAGCUUUAUUGAUUGAGUGAAACCUCUGGACUUAAUUCACCAGAAAAUUGACCUUGGGGGUUGCUAUGGCCUCUCAGUGUGGAGAAAAAAAUCUUCAAUCAAGCCUCAGGCCACACCGCAGUAUUUACUCACUUCAGCUCAUCAGUGACUCCCUGGCUGCAAUUGGAUUAAUCUCAACCUCACACUAUGGGCAGGGAUUAGAAAUUGCAUUGGAUUGAGCAGACACAUAUUUCAUCAGAAAGGCUCACUUUCUGAUUCUAAGUGAACAUAAAUACAGGUAGCGGAGUAUAUUCAGCCUCUGCUGAAUGUUUAUAGUUCUUACUAUUGUUUUGUUAUGAAAUGCAGGGGAAACACAAAAUAUAACAGUUUGCACAUGAAUGCAUCAGUUAGACAAAGAUUAGUGUGUUUUCAGUCAGAGGCACAGUCUAAAGUUACUUGACUAAGUUGGCCUUAAAUAAAUCUAAACCAAGACUCCUCUUACAGAUUGAGUUGAUUCUGCAAUCUAUCAACCCAAUGGAAAUUGAGAGAAGGUUGAUGAAAAAUGUAAAAACUCAUGAGCCCACACCCUCCCCUCUGUUACAUCAAGCAUAGAGUAUGUUGGGAGCCAAAUGUUUAUUUAAAGGGCUCCUAUCAGCUUCAGGGCACACACGUUUGGAUUGAGCCAUAACACUCUUGAACCAUACUGUAGUAGACAAUGUUAAAUACUAUACUACUGCACGGUAACUCAUUUCUCUUAACUGUGCAAUCAGGAACACACUCUAUGGACUUAAAAAAAAAAAAAAAACUGUUCUACCUUUUUAUUGUGACAAAAUUUAAGUUUUUUCCCCCCAUUAACUGUGACAAGGCAACAAAUAUGCUGCAAUCUCAUGGGUGACUGGUUUGCAAUGUAGACCGCAUUAAGAUUUUUAAUCACACACACACACACAGUACUUAAAUUGACGUAAAUGUCAUCUUUAAUGUCCAGUCCUUUUUAUAACCAGCACAACAUGCUUUACUUUGGUUGUCAGUGGCUUUUAUUAUCAGUAACAGUUUACUCAAAAUGGUAAAUAUUCAACACUAAGUGGAAAAUGUUCAAACUCUUCAGGGUUGAUCCUUUGUGAAAACAUCACUGUAUCAAGAUUUGUCACUGUCAUGAAUUGAAUUAUUUUUUUUUUUACAACUUUAAGCAAAUUUCCUUGAUUGCUUUGUUUCCACCAUCUGAAUAAGUAAAAUCUGUCAUACAAGUGACUUAUCUAUUCAGAACUGCUUUACUGUUAUUGCUUUAAUCACAGGGAGGUUUUUUUUUUUAUCCUGUCUUGUUGCUUUGAAUAUUGUCUUUGUUCUAUAUAAAAAAAAAAAAGCAGCACCUACUGUAUAUCACCAUCCAAAGAGUGACGUGAAUCUAUGUAAAGAAAGAUAUUGAAUGUUUUUCCAGUUUAAUUUUGGAAAUAAAUAUCAGCAGAAAAUGGCUGGGCACUGGUCCCCACGUCAGCAGCACUAAAAUAUCUCAAAUAUUUUAAGCUAAGCUUUUUGUUGGAGAAAUUCUUAUAGCACAACAAAACAUGAACAUUUAAUAACUUGGAAACAAUACUGAGUUGAACGGUACAAAGGAUGAUUAACAAAGGAGAGGGGAAAAAACCUGACAACCUUCCAUAAUACCUGAAGGUCAUGAAUAACCCCCCAUGCUUUAUACAUUGUGGUUCUUUUAUGUAGUUUUCAAAAAACAUGGCAGCAAUAUGGACUUAACCAUACAAACAAAGAACGUACAGCUCUCAAAGCGAUAAUGACUAAUUCAUUUGACAUUUUCAUCACAGGCUCAGGAUUGGUUUCACGGCUUUAAAAAAGAUAAACCAAUGUUGCCUAUCAAGGUAUCGAGCAUCCGUCAGUGCUGCGUAAUGAUCUGACGUAGUGUUAGUGUCUUGAAAAUAACAGCUAUUUUUGU